UACGCGCAAUAAGCCGACGACAUCAAAUUUCUUACGACCGAGUCCUCGUCGGUCUCUGUUAGGAAGUCGAUUAGCUACGUUGCCGUUGAAGUCCUGCCUAUCAAUACCUUAACUCAGAGUUGUUGUGGGUUCAGGACCUAGAGUUCGUAGGCGUGCCAAUUAUCCUCCCAAGGACAACGAUCAAACGGCUCUCGGUAAGGAGUUGGGUGCUCGUCGGGUAUAUAUGAGAUCCUAUCGACUACCUUUGACGAGAAGGUAAUCUAGAGCUCUCAACUCAAAGCGUUCACCUCAUCACAUAUUUUUCCAUAGACAUAAUAGCACUUUCCCCUGAGUUGCGUCCAACGUCCUCCCAAACCGACACACAGCUCAGCAGAUAACUCGGCUGCUAGUCUUGAUCCAUUCCAUCAUGCUGAAUUUGCAGAUUCUUGCCCUACUAGUAGGCGCAUCUCUGGUCGGCAGUGCUGCAGCGGUAGUCACCGAACGCGAUACGGCAACCACUGGCUUGGGAGCACUCGGUGCUCGGGCCACCACCAUCACCGCCGUGGAACCAUGCCCGUAUAUCGGCAGCACCUGUCCAGCCGGCGGCUUCAACGUCGAGUAUUACAGCAACCCCUUGGGUACUUAUGGCCGGGAGGGUUUCCCUUCGUCCUAUUACAUCACGGAUAGGCUCACCCCACUCAGCUCGUCUCUCACGAAUGUGACGGGGUUCGUCCAGGACGACAGUCCGGGAAACCCGACUGAUCCGGGCGUUACCCACCCCAACCCGGAGUUUCCGGAUGCCGCGGGCGCCUACUGGCCAGGUUGGACGCGAGACACGAACGGCGGAAUUGCCGUGGACGCCAACAAUUUUACCCUCGUCUAUUCAGGGUACUAUAAGGCACCCCUGUCGGGGACGUACACGUUCUGCACCUCGGCUGACAACCGGAACGAGCUCUACCUCGGCCACGGCAACGCGUUCAACUGCUGGAACGCCGUGGCCCCGGCGGACGGGGUCGAGCCGCUCGCCGUGGCUAUGGGCGGCAACUUCCAGAACCCCGAGGCUUGCGCGGACGUUGAGCUCGAGGCCGGCAAGUAUUACCCCGUGCGCAACGUCAUGGGUAACUGGCAAGGUCCUUCGGCCUUCAGCUUCACCGUCCGCGUGGCGGGCCUGCCGUGCUCGUCGAACGAGUUCGCCGGGCUCGUGUAUCCUCGUGAAUGCGCUCCCCUCGCCUAAAGGGGCGAAAAAGUGUGUGGGUGGUGGGGGAGAGCGAGUAAGGGAGAGGGGUUAGAGCAGCAAGGCUACUUGUGGGCAGGGGUAUAGGGAGAACCGACUGAAAAGUAUCGAUAUUUCGACGCUGAUUCUUUUUAUUGGGUUAUAGGUACCUUCGUUUCUAAUUGGCUGUAUUGUGCUGGUUCGGUUGAUGUCUGGUGAUAGAGCGAAUCUGUACAGGACAAUAUCUGCUAAAUUCUCUGUUCAUUAAUGUGCGAUACAAGCAUAGGCUGACCUACCUAGGUAGCAAAUGUAA